AGAGCGCAGCGGCUGACGGGCUGGGUCGCCUUCGCAGCUGCCUGACCGGCUCUGUCUCUCGCGCCCGCCCGCUCGCUCGCUGAGCCCUCGCCCCCUCCCCACCCGCAGACAUGUCCGAGACUAAGAGCGGCCCCGAGUACGCCUCCUUUUUCGCGGUCAUGGGCGCCUCGGCCGCCAUGGUCUUCAGCGCCCUGGGUGCUGCCUACGGGACGGCCAAGAGUGGCACGGGCAUCGCGGCCAUGUCUGUCAUGCGGCCAGAGCUGAUCAUGAAGUCCAUCAUCCCAGUGGUCAUGGCUGGCAUCAUAGCUAUCUACGGCCUGGUGGUGGCGGUCCUCAUCGCCAACUCCCUGAAUGAUGGCAUCACUCUUUACAGGAGCUUCCUCCAACUGGGCGCGGGCCUGAGCGUGGGCCUGAGCGGGCUGGCAGCUGGCUUUGCCAUCGGCAUUGUGGGGGACGCCGGAGUGCGGGGCACUGCCCAGCAGCCUCGGCUAUUUGUGGGCAUGAUCCUCAUCCUCAUCUUCGCUGAGGUCCUUGGCCUCUAUGGUCUCAUCGUGGCCCUCAUCCUUUCCACAAAGUAGCUCUUCUCUGAGCCCACCAGCCACAGAAUAUGAUGUAAAGACCACCCCCUCCUCAUUCCAGAACGAACAGCCUGACACACACGCACGGGGCAGCUGCCCCCCAGUAGUUGGUCUUGUAAAUGCGCAGUGUCCUAGUGCCCAUCGUCCGUUGCCCCUGGCCUUGCCCCUGCCCGCUCCGUGCCGUGGACAUCUGGGCCCACUCAUCACCCACCCAGGCCCCCGACCAGUGAGGAUGCAGGCCCCUGGCCGCCCCCACCCACCUGCUCUAGAGUGUUCUGUGUAUAAGAAUGAAUUAGAGUUGUCAUUUUCUUCA